GAAUAUCUACUUCUCCAUUCUCUCAGAGCGAAAUGUGUUAUCGCGCGCGUAUCAAACUAGGAGCUUACCUACCAGGUGUAGCUCAAAAGUAUUUACGAUAAUCUCCGAAACAAAGACCAGACGAGACACCUACGGACAGCUCCGCUGGAAUUGCUGAGUUCCACCUCUUAUCUCUUAGAGACAGAAUCCCAGUGUCUCUCCACGACUAUUUAAGUACAUGUUCGGGUGGUCUGUUCACGACUUUCCACGAGCAAGUUGUUCAAGUUGCGAUCACAAUGGCGGAAGUAUUCCAUCGCAAGCAUGUCUCAAGACUUGUCCCAGCGGACCACCGGUUACUCAUGCCGUUGUUGUUGGCUGUUACGAUAGUAAACUCUGCUACUCUUGGUUACGACUCAUCAGUCAUGAACGGCUUGCUCAUCCUCCCCUCGUACUCUGAGUACUUCCGCCUGACUACUGCAACGGAAGGUCUCAACAACGCCGCCAUGUGGAUGGGAGGAAUUUUUGGCGCAUUCCUUAUGCAGCCAGUGCCUGACUAUUUGGGCCGUCGGCGCGCCAUCUACAUCGCCUCCAUCGUGAGUGUCGUCGGCAUUGUUCUUCAAGCUGCAGCGCAGAACAUUGGCAUGUUUGUCACCGCGCGUUUCAUCGUUGGCGUUGGCUCGACAAUCAGUAACGGUGCAGCACCGACACUACUGGGAGAGUUGCUUCCUCCACGCAAUCGUGCAAGGAUACUCGGGCUCUUCUUCUCCUGCUUCUACGUUGGUAGCCUGGCUUCCGCGAUUGUGAAUUACGGGAGUCAAACAAUCGACAGCACGUGGUCAUGGCGUCUGCCUUCCCUUUUACAGUUCGUGCCUAGUCUCUUGGCCGCAGUCAUCGUCCCGUUUGUCCCGGAGUCUCCACGCUGGCUCAUAUCUCGUGAACGGAACGAAGAGGCACUGGAAGUAUUGCUCAUCAUGCAAGGAAAAAACAAUACGGAUAUGCAGGCUGGAACACAGCAGCUGGAUGAUAUUCGCGAGACCAUACGCGCAGAAGCGAAACAAUAUCCGCGAAAUCCAUGGAGAGAGAUGAUCUCAACGAAGGCCAACAGGAGAAGAUUGGUGAUUCUAUGCAUCUUUGGUCCAAUGAUCAAUAUGUUUGGAAACUUUAUCAUCUCAUACUAUCUCGGCAAAAUUCUCACUCAAGCCGGUGUCACCAGUACGAAGACUCAAACCCAGGUUCAGGUUAUAAUAAACUGCUGGUCCUUUGCCAUAGCUGUUUUUGGAAGCUUCAUGCUCGACAUUUUGGGUCGAAGGGUACAAACGUUCAUUGGAGUGGGCGGCAUGGUCGUCACACUCAUGAUAAUAGGCGGGCUCAUCAAACACUUCGGCGAAAGUGGGAGCACUUCUGGAAUUUACGGGACCAUUGCUGUGAUAUUUCUAUUCCAAGGCUUCUACGCGUUCUCCAUCACACCCAUGACAAGCUUGUAUCCGACAGAAGUGAACUCUUUCAAACUACGUGCAGCUGGUGUCGCACUCUUUCGUAUGCUCGACAGUGGUUUUGGGCUUCUGGCCUCAUUUACCAUGGCGUAUGCGAUGGAGGACCUGGGAUGGAAAUUCUAUUUUAUUAACGCCGCAUGGGACUUCGUGUUCUUGGUCAUUGCAUAUUUCACGUUUGUGGAGACGAAGGGCCUCACGCUCGAGGAAAUUGCGUCAAGGUUUGAGGGCUCGACAGGAGAAAUCAUCAUGGGUGUUGACCGCGGGAGCUCUGAAAUAGAAGUAGAAGGAGACGGAAAGGAACAAGAUGGUGUUGUUGAGGGGACACGAGAGUUAUGAUACGAUACUUCAGGCAGGAUUGACAUGCACGAAUGUAGU